AUGUCUGAAUAUGCCAACAAGAAGACUCGUGGUGCUUUCAUCGCGGCCGUGUUCGCUAUGCAAGGUAUCGGUAUCUUGGCCGGAGGUUUCGUGGCACUUGCAGUUUCUUCCAUCUUCGACAAACAGUUCCCAUCACCGACCUAUGCUGAAGACAGGGUUCUCUCAACGCCACCUCAAGCUGAUUACAUUUGGCGAAUUAUUGUCAUGUUUGGUGCACUACCUGCAGCCUUGACUUACUACUGGCGUAUGAAGAUGCCCGAAACUGCUCGUUACACCGCUUUGGUGGCCAAAAACAUCAAACAGGCCACACAAGACAUGUCUAAGGUCUUACAAGUGGAGCUUGAGAUGGAAGAGAGGGCAGAGGAUAUUGUUAAAGACCCUAGACUUAACUAUGGCUUGUUCUCCAAGGAAUUCCUUAAGCGCCAUGGUCUUCCUCUCCUCGGAUGUACCUCCACUUGGUUCUUGCUUGAUAUUGCCUUCUACAGCCAAAACUUGUUCCAGAAGGAUAUCUUUUCGGCUAUUGGAUGGAUCCCAAAGGCAGCAACCAUGAAUGCAAUCCACGAAGUUUUCAAGAUCGCGAGGGCACAAACUCUCAUUGCGCUCUGUAGUACCGUCCCUGGUUACUGGUUCACAGUCGCGUUUAUUGAUAUCAUGGGAAGAUUUGCGAUCCAGCUCAUGGGAUUCUUCAUGAUGACCGUGUUCAUGUUUGCCAUUGCCUUCCCUUACAACCACUGGAUCAAACCAGACAACCGUAUCGGAUUCGUGGUCAUGUACUCUCUCACCUUUUUCUUCGCCAACUUUGGACCAAAUGCAACCACUUUCAUCGUCCCGGCUGAGAUCUUCCCGGCCAGGCUAAGGUCCACAUGCCAUGGAAUAUCAGCCGCAACAGGUAAGGCUGGAGCCAUCGUGGGAGCUUUUGGGUUCCUAUACGCAGCUCAGCCACAAGACAAGACCAAGACGGACGCAGGAUAUCCACCGGGCAUCGGAGUCAAGAACUCUUUGAUCAUGCUUGGUGUCAUUAACUUCAUCGGUAUGCUCUUCACCUUCCUUGUUCCUGAGCCGAAGGGUAAGUCCCUUGAAGAGCUCUCCGGUGAGACUGAGGUUGAGAAAUGA